GCCUGCCCGUGUUGUGUGUGUGUGUGUGUGUGUGUGUGUGUGAGAGAGUGAGUGAGUGUGUGGGUAGGGGGACUCGGCUUGUUGUUGUCGGUGACUUCCCCCUCCCCUCCACCCCUUCCCCUCCCGGCCACCUCUGCAGUGGCCGCUUCCUGGGCCAUAGGAAAUGAGCGAUAACGAUGACAUCAAGGUGGAGAGCGACGAAGAGCAACCGAGGUUUCAAUCUGCGGCUGACAAACGGGCUCAUCAUAAUGCACUGGAACGAAAACGUAGGGACCACAUCAAAGACAGCUUUCACAGUUUGCGGGACUCAGACCCAUCACUCCAAGGAGAGAAGCCACAGGCAUCCUGGGCCCAAAUCCUAGACAAAGCCACAGAGUAUAUCCAGUAUAUGCGAAGGAAAAACCACACACACCAGCAAGAUAUUGACGACCUCAAGCAGCAGAAUGCUCUUCUGGAGCAGCAGGUCCGUGCACUGGAGAAGGUGAGGUCAAGUGCCCAACUGCAGACCAACUACCCCGCCUCAGACAGCAGCCUCUACACCAACGCCAAGGGCAGCACCAUCUCUGCCUUCGAUGGGGGCUCAGACUCCAGCUUAGAGUCUGAGCCUGAAGAGCCCCAAAGCAGGAAGAAGCUCCGGAUGGAGGCCCGCUAAGCCACUCGGGGCAGGCCAGCAAUAAAAACUGUCUCCAUCAUCUCAUCCUCCUUUCACUUCAUCUGUAGAACCCUCAGAACUAUUUAAGAGACUCUAUUUUUCUCUUUCUCCCUUUUUUUAAAAGUUUUUAUUUUUACGUAGAAGCUCUUGAGCAACAGCUCUCGUUCUCCUUCCCCAUUUCUACUGUGUAAUUUUUUAAAUGUAUUCCCUUCAGGGAUUCCCUGUCCCCACCAGGAAUUUUUAAACUAAACACCCCAACUUGGCAGCUUUUUCUGUG